AUCGCGUUACGCGCCAAAUUCAUUCGUUCAUGGGAGCUAUACACAACAGCUUCUUUCAGCCCCGUACUUUUUACACUGCAUUUCGGGCAGAAUAACGUAGAUUGACAUCAAAAACAUGUCACAACAACCGGGCUAUUCGCCCAGCUUCAAGCGACCGGCGGAGAUAAUGCGACUGAGGCGGAAGAGAACGCAGGGUGAGAGCCAGGGGUCCUGUUCCAGUCAACGGGGCGCCGCCGCGUUCGUACCCGGGGACAGCGACCCCUCGACUGAGUGCGUCCGGCCCUUCUCCCCGGGCCCGCUGCUGACCCUCCAGAACCGUUCCGGCGGAGGGGUGAAACGCCGGAACCCAUUCGCCAGUAUUGAAAAUACGUGCAACAGCGCGAAGAAAAGACUUAUUAUUUACAAUGAUGAUGAAAAGGAAGAAUAUACGGAAAGUGUUGUUCUUGGGGUAGCGGAAAAUACAAAGAUUAUGGACGGAGGGACUUCAAAGAUGGCGGAUGGCGAGUUGUCACCAAAUAAGGUUCUGCUUUUGAGUGACAGCUUGGUGGAGGCGCAGCUGCAGGUGAUGCAACAUACCUUCAGCAAGAAGCGUCUGGACUUCUCAGAAGAAGACUCCUUGUUUGACGAGGAAGAGGAGGCGGAGAAGAUACCGUUGCCAAAGAACAGGAACCUGCUGGAAAUCAGCUUUAUAAGCCCAAGUUCCCGCAGCCAGGCCUCCUUAGCGCCCCCUGUCUGCGUGGAGUACCCCGCGGACUGGAGCCUCAAGACCCGCGUCCUCUUCACCUCCCCGCUGGCCUUCUCCUGGGCCGAGAAACCCAAGGCCCAGGAGGAGGCUGCCGGCCUCGCUCAGCACUGCCGGGCCCAGCACUCAGCCAUCCCACACAGCAUGCAGGAGCCGCGGUCGUGCUCGGAGCUGCGCUGCGCCUUCCAGCAGAGCCUGGUGUACUGGCAGCACCCCUCCCUGCCCUGGCUGUCGCUGUUCCCUCGCAUCAACGCAGAGCGCAGCUUCUCAGGAAAGAGCACCCCCUGGGCUCAGGAUCCGGUACUGCAGCAGAGCCUCAUGAGCGAAUGGUCUGCCAGUCUGUCCUCGCUCUACAGUCUGCUGAAGGCCAGACUCUGUCCCUACUUCUACCUCUGCUCCUAUCAGUUCACGGUGUUGUUCAGAGCAGCCGGUCUGAGUGGCGCCGACUCCAUCACUGCACUGCUCUCCCCCACCACCAGGGGGCUGCGAGAGGCCAUGAGAGCUGAGGGUAUUGAGUUCACGCUGCCCCUAGUGGAGGAGCACAAGAAGAGCAAAGAGCGGCACCACAACAAAACCCCCAAAGACAACACAGAGUCCUCAGAGUCGAGGUCAGGGGACCGGGGUGAAAAGGUCGUCAUUGACGGGGAGAAGUCUGAACAACGGGGGGCGGCGGGAGGCGGUUGCCAUAACGACGACGUCGACGACGAUGACGAUGAAGACGACGACGGGGGCUUCUCGUGGCUGAUGGAGAUGGGCGUCCAAGACAAGAUCAAGAAGCCCGACGGUCUCUCCAUCCAGCUGCGUAAGGACCGCCACGCCGUCUCCCUGGACCACCUGCCGGACUCGGUGGUCCGUGUCGAGGGUCCACACACCUUCACCCUCAUCAACUUCCUCAUCAACUGCAAGAGCCUGGUGGCGGUGUCGGGGUCCCAGGCCGGCCUGCCCCCCACCCUGCUGGCCCCAAACGCCUUCAAGGGAGCCAGCAUGAUGACCCUCAAGGCGCGCAGCGUCAACGUGAAGACCCAGGUGCGAUCCACCUUCCAGGACGUCUGCAGUUUGGAGCUCACAGGCCCCAUCCUCCCCUCCUCGCUGCACGCUGUGACCCGCCUCCUUCGCCCUGCCCAGCGAGGGGGCUUCUCCGCUGCGCUCUACACCCACGCCCCCACCGCCGUCCUCAACACACACACCGCCCGCGAUUCAGUGGGUGAGGCUGAGGGUGCUGAGUUGGCCUCCUGCGGCCUCCACCCCACCAGUGUGCAGCAGCUCCAGCAGCCCCCAACUCUGGGAAAGACUUCCCUGAGGCAACUGCAUAUGAGCAACUACAACUACACCUGGCUGAGCUGAAAGUGUGUGUGGGAGACUGUGUGUGUCUGUCUGUGUGUUAGACUGUGUGGAAUUGUAUUUCAGUACUUGAAUAGUGUGGUAGUUUUAUAAUAAUUUGUCCAUCUCUUGAAUAUAUUUCCUAGUUUAUAUUGUGAUCUGAUUUGAGUGUCUAUUUUAAGCAUAACAUUAUGAAAUAAUCCUAAAUUGUCAGAAAACACCACGUUUUAACUUUAAACAGCUUUUUUAUCAAAUGAAAUAAACAGCUGACCAUAA